AUCGCCCUGCGGCCAGGGCGGGCGCGGCACGGCGCGGCACGGCGCGGCACGGCGCGCAGAGCCCCGCUCGGCUCGGGCUCCUCCCGCGGGAGGCCGGGCGGGCCGGGCCCCGCCUGCCCGGCAUGGCGGAGGAGCGGCGCUUCCGCUCGGCCUCCGGCGUGCCGAUCGCGCUGCGGCGCCGCCAGCACAGCGCGUCGUGCCGGGAGCUGGCGGUGCGCGGCCCCCGCCUGCAGCUGCGCUCGCUCAGCGCCGCCACCUCCGCCGUCUGGCUGGCGGCCUACGGGCUCUUCGCGCUCAGCGAGAACAGCAUGGUGCUGUCUGCUGCCAUCUUCAUCACGCUGAUUGGCCUGAUCAUAUACCUGCACUUCGUGAAGAUUGACCAGGAAUCCCUGCUGGUCAUCGGCUCACUCGGCAUUCAGGUGACUUCGUCCUAUGCCUCAGGGAAAGAGAGCACGCUCUUCAUUGAGAUGGGUCAAGUGAAGGAUGUGGUUAUCAAUGAAGCCAUCCAUAUGCAAAAAGUUAUCUACUACCUGUGUAUCCUCCUUCAGGACCCUGAAGAUCCUCAAGGAGUAUCUGAGGUUGUGCCCCUCUUUCAGAGCUCCAAGCCACGACUGGACUGCUUGAUAGAAGUGUACAAAAGUUGUCAAGAGAUCCUGGAGCAGAGGAAGACAGCUCCACAAUCAAGUGAAAUAAAAUAGCUGAAUAAAAGGCAGCAGACUUUCAGCAGGACUCAGAGGGACACAUGGAAAAGCACGAAGAACUGCCCCAUGAGCAGAUCAUUUUAGGCUCAGACAAAAAGGGUUUUUGUUGCCUCUCCAGGAAAGAAUUAUGGGGAAAUAGCGCAAAGGGAGACAAGAAAAUGCAUCAAUUUUUUACUCUUUCAUGCAUCUGAAAAUUAGGCUAAUUUUAUAAAAUAACUUUGGCUGGACUGCCAUUAGUAUGCA